GAGGGGAAUUGCAAGGAGGGAGAGAAGGAAGGGGGGAGUGUUUGGAGGAGGGGCUCUGUCGGACUCGCCGGAGGUGGGCGGGGGAGAGAGGAACAGAGAAAGGAGGAGGAGAAGAGAGAGAGAGAGAGAGAGAGAGAGAGAGAGAGAGAGAGAGAGAGAGAGAGAGAGAGAGAGGAGUCGUGUGGGGUUGGGGAAGUGGAAGGCGGGAAGUGCGGGGGGGGGAAUUGGAGGGAUAGAGAGAGGGAGAGGCGGGGAGAGAGACGGUGAGGGGUAGGAAAGACGAGAGGAGGAUAGAAAGAUGGUGGGUAAGGCGGUAGAUUCAGGCCAGAUGGCCGUUCGAGGGAAAGUAUCGGCGGCCGAAGAUCAUUCGGUGGCCGCAGCGUCGUUGAGGGAAACCUUCUGUGACGCAGAGAAGGGAGGUGAAUUUGACGAGGAGUGCGGGGCGAAAGGUGGUCGGGCUGCUUCGCUGGAGCAUCAGCAGGGAGGAAGAGAAAGCGGUCUGGAAUUCGGGGUGAUGAAGGUAAGGGGGGGUGAGGAAGAUUGUCGAAGUAUGGGUAAUGGAGCGGGGUUGGCGAUGGGAUCGACGACGGCGACGGCUUUGGAAUCACCGGUAGGGAGGGGGGGAGGAGGAGGAGGAGAAGGAAGAGGAUGCGCGGUAGCAUCGGAACGGGAGAAAUAUUCUCCGGGCGAGCUCCAGCGGAUGGCGUUCAUGCCGCCAGAACGUUUUUCCGUGGGCUUGAGGUGUCCUUCAGGGUGUUCGGCGGAGAGAGACAGAGUGAAAAUGGAACGGUUUUCUGGUCCUGAUAGGCCGUGUGCUGCAAGCGAUAGAGAGGCAGAGAGAAUCAAACACCAGAAGUUUUCUGGUCCAGACAAAUUGGGCGGCGGGGGGGGACCCGCAGAGCGUCCUUUGAGAUCACCGUGUGCAGCCAGCAGUAGAUCGCCGUCGGUCGGGUCGAAUUAUUCAUCAAGUAGUUUGCUGAGUGGGUCGGAGGCGUUGCAGCGAAGUCCAUGGCAGCAGGAGAACAUGAAGCAUUGCUUGAUUGAUCCGAAGCAACUAGUGAUCGGGGAGAAGUUUGCUUCCGGACCAAAAGCGGCGAUGCACAGGGGAGUCUUUUGCAAGUUGGAAAUGGCAAUCAAAAUGAUCGCGACGCCUGAGACGCCGGAGGAGGUUGAUAAGCUGGAGCAAGCGUUCACGGAGGAGGUCACAAUGUCUCUCCGCCUUCGACACCGAAACGUUAUUCAAGAAGGAAGCUGUGUGUCGACCAGGUUGCCAUUAUGGAAACCAUAUUCAAUUGGCCCUGUCGCAGAAAGUCGACCGUUUUACUGCAGUAGAGCCAAGUGCUGGCUGGAUGACAUUGUCAUGGUCCUCCGCCUCCUCCGCAUCUGCUCCUCCUCCUCCUCCGCAUCUGCUCCUCCUCCUCCUCUUCCGCCUCUGCUCCUCCUCCUCCUCCUCCUCCUCCUCAUCUGCUCCUUCUCUUCCUCCUCCUCACGGCUGUGGAGCCAAUUAGAGGCUGGAUGCCGUCUUCAUGAUGCACAUCGUCGUCCUUCUCUCCUCUGCUCCUUCUCAUCCUCGUCCUCCUCCGAUGCCGUCUUCAUGAUGCACAUCGUCGUCCUUCUCUCCUCUGCUCCUUCUCCUCCUCGUCCUCCUCCUCUUGCUGCUGCUGCUGCUUCGCGCAGAAGGUACGGGCUGCAGUCUUUCGCCUCCUCGCGCAGAAGCCCUGCCGCUCAGGACCAGGGCAAUGUGGCGAAGAAUGCUUCGUCGGUUUUGUGUAUCCGUAGAUGGAUGGCUACGAUCGAUACUUGAUCAAUCAAUCAAUCGAAUUAUUGAUUGAUUGAUCGAUCGAUCGAACCAUCGAUAAAUUGUAUCUCUGAUU